AUGGACCUCGGUGACAUCUCAGUCCACCCGCCACGAGUGCCUCACGGUUCUUCCAUGGUCGACGUGAUGGUUGGCAACAUUGGCGGCACACGCGACGCAAAAUUUUUCACAAUUCAUGACCGCCUACUCAGUGCCAGUUCCCCGGUCUUCAAAGAUGCCAUCGACAACUCCCAUGACUUCUAUCACGAGAGUAUCAAGCUUGAGCGAAGCCACGGUGGGCAGCUUGGUAUGAAAAUUCCCGACGAAGAGGCUGCGAUCUUUCAGCUUUUCUAUGACUGGCUCUAUUCUGGUCGAGUACCGGCAUCUCUUGGCCAAUACCUCACCCGUGAUUUCCAGUCUCCCGAUGAAUUCUGGUGGGAGGUGCUGCUUUUCGCCGAACGAUAUGAGAUUAGCCGCUUGACCCUCCUGGCUACUAACAGUCUUCAAGGACUUUUCUCCUCCAACGAACCCCUGGUUCCAAGCAGCGACUUCAUGGGCCGGCUUUUCAGUGACGAUGUGGAAGAGCAUUCGUGUCUGAGAAAGUAUGUCAGUCAGCAUGUCGCAUUCUGGCUUGAGAAGUCCGCAGACCGGGAAAUAUGGUACGCUCGAAUCCAGACACCUCAGGCGGCGGUGAAUUACUUUGCCCAUGCCGUUACUCGGAACGACGGAUCACAUCCCAUGUUCUCAAAAGACUACACCCGCGAUUGCAAAUACGCAUGCCCCCAUUACAUGGCUAGCAUUUUGGAACAAGAGGACAAGGAUCUCCGAGACAAGAGCUUUGAUUCGCGACGUCAGAUUGUGGAGCUUGAAUCUGCUGAACUGAUUGAGCCAAUCUCCGAAGACGAUGACACCGGUACGGUCAAGGAUGCAAUCCCACAAGCCAAAUCAUCUCAUACCAAGCUCGAGGACGAAACCUGGAAAGACACUGCGUCUGCACCAGUUACAAACGACGGCCCAUCACGACCACCGUCUCGAGUCAUCAGUGAGCACUCGCCCUUGUCAAACUCGAAGCCGACCACCGCAGCACCGGCAUUGGACUGGGGAGAGCCAUUUACACCGGUUCGCGACGAUGCACAGCACAACAAGGAGUCAUGGAACACGUCUUGGGCUACGCCGAUCAGGGAAGCCGCUCCUCGUACCAUUCCCGCCACCACUCGCCCUGAGACACCGACCAAUGUUGGCCAGAAUCCUGACCCAUUUAUCGAGCCGAACCGCGCCGGUGUUGCAGUGGACAAUGCAUGGAACGUGCGACGACCUGUGGUGCCAGGCCCUCAUGCUGAGUUUGGUGCUCAGCUCGCUCGUUGGGGUACUCGACCAUUGUAUGUGCCUGUUCCGGUUCCGUUCCACGGCGCCGCUCCUCCUGCCGUCCCAUAUCGCAUCCCUGGACCGGCCCCAGCGAAUCAAGCUCAAGUUGUGCGACACAGUUUCAGUACGCACUGGAAUCCUCCAACGAGAGUCGCUGCACCUAUUUCCUUGAGAAAAGACUGGGUUGGUGCUAACCGUAACGACAACUGGGAGCUGCCCAGUCAACCUCCGCCAGCCAGCGAGAAUGGGGGCAGACGCGGCCAGCGUGGUAGUCAUGCCAAAGGAAACUCUUCCUGGAUGAAAAACGGCGGUGGCAUGGCAGCACAGGACGACUGGAAAUCCGAAGACGCAUCGUACAUUGACGAGUGGGCUGCUAGAGUUGCUGGAGGUUGGGAUUAG